AUGUCGUCGGCCCAGGCCCAGGAGCAAUCGCGGACGCCAGCCCGCAAGAGGGAGCAUGUGCACUACCCAUUCUGGUUCGGCGGGAGCGCAAGCUGUUUCGCCGCCUGCGUAACACAUCCUCUCGAUCUUGUAAAGGUCCGACUGCAGACUCGUACGGGCAAUGCGCCUACAUCCAUGAUCGGCACCUUCGCGCAUGUUUUCAAGCACGAUGGCAUUGUCGGUCUCUACCGCGGGCUCAGCGCCUCCCUGCUGCGGCAGAUCACUUACUCAACCACGCGCUUCGGCAUCUACGAGGAGAUCAAGUCCCGACUUACCACCUCGACCUCUAGCCCGGGUCUCCUGACCCUGAUCGCGAUGGCUUCGACGUCCGGCUUCAUAGGCGGCGUAGCGGGAAACCCGGCAGACGUGUUGAACGUGCGGAUGCAGCACGACGCCGCCCUCCCCCCGGAGAAGAGACGGAAUUACAAAAACGCAAUCGACGGCCUGAUCCGCAUGUCGAGGGAGGAAGGCUUCAAAUCGCUCUUCCGCGGCGUGUGGCCGAAUAGCAUGAGAGCCGUGCUCAUGACGGCUUCGCAGCUUGCUUCCUACGACGAGUUCAAGCGCCUCCUGCUGCACCAUACACCGUUGGAGGACGGGCUGACGACGCACUUCUCGGCGUCUUUCCUGGCAGGGUUCGUGGCCACGACUGUCUGCAGCCCCGUCGAUGUCAUCAAGACCCGCAUCAUGAGCUCACACGAGACGAAAGGCCUGGUGAAGCUCCUGGCGGACGUGUAUAAACACGAGGGUGUGGCGUGGAUGUUCCGGGGGUGGGUGCCGAGUUUCAUCCGCUUGGGCCCGCACACGAUUGCGACGUUCGUGUUCUUGGAAGAGCAUAAGAAGAUCUAUCGAAAGCUGAAGGGCAUAAGUGCCCCGGAUGAUGUGGUUUGA